AUGAGGCUCCUACCCCUGCUGAGAAAAAAGAGGCUGGAUUUGAUCCCAACAGGCACUGAAGCUUCUAAUUUUUGCCAAGAUUUCUCACAAACUUUUGAAAUUCCGAUCCCAGCUGCCCUCUCUGCUUGUGUUGAAGGCCAAGAAAAAGUGCCUGAGCUGAGCUGCCUCCAGAUGUCCCACCCUCCUUCCAAGCAGGGCCCCAUACCAUGUGUUUUUGGGGGGGGGGGGAGAAGGGGCUGCCAGCCUGUGCAGACAACACUAGAUUCUGUGGAGCUGCCUAGUUGGUCUUGCAAAAUGUAA